AUGCCCCAGGAUAAGCCCCAAACCACCCCGAUUCGAGCAUUGGGCGACACAAAGUUGUUCCAACCGAUCCAAGUAGGCCGCCACACCCUCGCCCAGCGCAUCGCAUUUGCUCCAUCAACACGCAGAAGAGCAACUUCCAACCACGUCGCGACGGACAUCUCGUUGGAUUACUACAAGGCACGCGCCCAGGCCCCAGGAACGCUCAUCAUCACCGAAGCCACGUUUGCCUCGCCGCAAGCAGGAGGCGGCGCGCACGUUCCCGGGAUCUUCACAUCUCAACAAAUUCAAGCAUGGAAGAAAAUCACCGAUGCCAUCCGCUCACAGGGCUCAUUUUCCUGUGUGCAAUUAUGGCACUUGGGCAGAGUCGCUGAUCCCGCCCUCUUGAAGUCGCAAGGGUUGGACUUUGUUGCUCCCUCAGCGGAAUACGUCCUGGAUGAAUCACACCGUGUUGCGCACGCCGCUGACAACGAAUUGAGGCCAUUCACCACGGAAGAAAUUGAAGAUUUGAUCCAUCAUCAGUAUCCCACCGCGGCGCGAAACGCGUUGGACGCGGGUUUCGAUUACGUGGAGAUCCACUCGGCGCACGGGUACACCUUGGACCAAUUCUUGAACCCGGAAACCAACAAACGCCACGAUGAAUACGGGGGAGCAUCCAUCGAGAACCGCACGCGCGUACUCUUGCAAAUCAUAGAUCAACUCAUCCCCAUCGUGGGCGCUGAUCGUCUCGCGGUGCGAUUAUCCCCCUGGGCCAAGUUCCAAGUCACAUCUGCCGUGGGCCCCGAGACGCACGCGUACAUCCUCACUGAGCUUCAACGCCGUGCUGAUUCAGGGAACCAGUUAGCGUACGUCUCGCUCGUGGAGCCGCGCGUGCAAGGGAGCUACGACGUUGACGCGCAUACCUCCGUAACGCAAUCGAAUGAGUUUGCGUUGAAGAUAUGGCAAGGGAAAGUCAUCCGCGCUGGGAACUAUACCUACGACGCGCCGCAGUUUGACACUUUGUUACGUGACUUGGAUGAUGAUCGCACCAUUAUUGGCUUUUCGCGGUUCUUUAUCAGCAAUCCCGAUUUGGUUUGGAGGUUGAAGCAUGGUGUUGCGUUGAAUCAUUAUCAGCGUGAUACGUUUUAUAAUCAGGAUAAUUGGGGGUAUAAUACUUGGAACUCGCAUGACGAGGAUAGAGUUUGGGACGAGGCGCACGAGAGGCGGGUGUUUGGUAGGGCCUUGGCUUAG